CUCGCAGCUGGAGGCAAGGAAUGCAGCGCCGAUAGAUUAGAGAGCUCGCCGGCGGUCAGCGCCGAGUGCUGGGAGAGCGGGCGGCGGCAACGUGCGAGACACACGCGGGGCAGGCAGGCCCGGGACUGGGAUGUCACCUCGCGCGCGUGGAGCAUCGCCAGCGCGGCGCGCAAGGGGGGAGUCGUCGCCGGCGUGGUGUUGAGGAGCGCAUCGCAGUGCCUCGUCUACUGUGCACGCACGAUUGAGGAGGUUUGGGCGUGGGCUGCGCGGCGGCGGCGCUAGGGCCGAAGCGGGAUGGCGCGGGAAGGAGCACCGCGGAGCUGCACGUCACCAGGGCCUUCCCUCGCGCCCCCCGCUGCUCCCAUCCCAUCCCGCAUCGCCUGCCCCCUUGCGUGUUGGCCGCCCUCCAGGGCUCCAGGGCUCCAGGGCUCCAGGGCUCCAGGGCUAGCAUCGCAUCGCAUCGCUGCUUUUCGUCUCGUCUCGUCUUCACCGUUCACCACUCACCACUCACCACUCGCUCCGCCCAUCGUCUCCAAUACAUACCACCAUGCCGCGAUGCCGCCCGCCGACGCAUCCCGUCACGCCCGCCGACGCGCGCGCGCCGCUGCGACUGGCCACGGCUCACCGACGAUGGCCCGCCGUAUCUGCUUCCGGAGCGUUGCGCAGCUCGACCGCGCUGCCGGGUCCAAUUCACUGCGGCGCCCGGGUGAUGGCGCAGUGACCGCGGCGAGUGCUCUAACUCGAACCGCCCAUCACUCCUCCGCCCGGAGGGUUGCAUUGGCCCAUCCUCGCGCCGCCCACCUGCCCUCCGCGACCUGCCAGUGUGCGCCGCCGUGUGGGUGGCUUUCUCCGCUCUGGGACUCGUCUCCUCGACUGCCGCCCGCCCGGCGUGCAUGGCGUCCUCGUCGCUACCGUCUCUGUGACAGGUAACGGCCCUCGAGCAGCUCGUCUCCUUGCCCUCUGCGCUCUCGCUUUCCCUCAUCGUCCAUGGCCAGCGGCGGCCGGGCCCAUGACGCUCCAUGGCCAGC